AUGACGGAAUCAGAAGACAUCCUUCACAGCGCGCUCGGCGUUCUCUACGACUAUGCACCUGUGACUCAAUCCUUUGCGGGCGAUGAGUUCGUAUACACGGCUCCUUUUGCCCCGUUGACUGUCACUCUACGUACGCCCGACACAGCUGCGAAGAACUGGGAUUUGCACGCUUCGUCUGUCUGGGUGGCGUCGGUCUUCAUCGCGGAUCAUCUACCAGAGCUUCUCGCACAACUACCCGAACGUGUCACAGUUCUUGAGCUCGGCGCGGGCGCGGGUCUUCCGAGCGUCCUGCUUUCAAAGGCCGCGCCGCGUUCGGUAGUCGUGUGCUCGGACUACCCAGACGAUGCUAUCAUCGCCGCGUUAGAGCAUAGCGUCAAGCGCAACGACGUGCGGGGCGUUCACGUCGUCCCUUAUGCAUGGGGAUCGGAUCCUGCAUCGUUGCUUGCGCACGCGCCGGCCGGUUUCGACGUUGUACUGGCGGCGGAUACGUUAUGGAAUCCGGAUACGCAUGAGCUUCUCAUUCAGUCUAUCACGCGGACCCUCGGGCGGCGAUCAAGUGCACGAGCCCAUUGCGUUGCAGGAUUGCAUACCGGCCGGUAUACUGUUGAGACCUUCAUGAAACGCAUCGGCAAGUCGGGCCUUGUUGUUCACAGGGCUAUCGAACGAGAAGUCGCCGGAGAAGGAAGUCGGGAAUGGGAUGUUUCUAGGGCCGAGGUCGAGGAUGAACGCGAGAGGAGGCGUUGGGUGGUCUGGAUCACGAUAACCUGGGACCCCGUUGAACUACGCUCUGGGACAAAUCCCUCGUAA